AGAAAACUUCAUUACAAAUUAUCCAAAUGAGAAAUUAUCAUUUAAUUUUGACUAUAUUGUGCUUAACUAGUGCUAUUCUGCCUCUAGUGCAAGCACAAGGUAAGACUUGUCAAUCUCAAGCAGGAGCUGAAGUUUCAUGGACAUAUGAUGGUUCUUCAAACUCUACCAUUAUAUGGAACUUUACUAAUCCAACCAGUGAAGAGAGAUCUGUUGUACUGAUUCGUGGUGCCACAGGUACUUCUUCUAGUAGUGGUGUUCCUGCUUAUGCGUUUGGUAAUGCCUAUUUUCCGGCAUAUGCAGUGGAUGGACUGGCAGAGUUUUAUUCCAAGCCUACAGCAUCAGAUACUAAGGAUAGUGAUACUCCAUUAAUGUUGUUGGAAUAUUUAACGAGUAGUUCUUCUACUACAUAUCACAAAGGAGUUGCAUUUGUGUUUAUUCUGAAGCCUGGUACAACCUUUACUAUAUUAGAAGGAGGCUUCGAUGACAUUGUGCCAUAUUGUCAAACAUUGUUGGAUGUGGAAUAUUAUGACACAAAAACAGUGAAUAUUGAUUAUGGCUUCCUUUCUCAAUGCUUAGAAUUUGGCUUUAUCUGUGAACCGGAUCCAUUUAAUGUGACUACAGCUAUAUAUCGACCUGUGAAUGGUUCCUAUUUGAGUCAAAGUGAUUUUUGGCCUUCUGAAGGAGACACUAUAACUAUUUAUGGUAGCAGCAGUAGCAGUAGUAGUAAUACUAGUCCAACAAGUACACCUACUCCUACUCCUGUUCCAUCUCCUUCUCAAACCAUACUUGCUACAUCAACAUUGGGAGACUUCUCAUAUAUGCAAUCUUUGGGUAGUAUUUCCAAGAAUGUCACUUAUGCUUUUUGUCCCAAUGGUUCUGUGGUUACUGGUAUUGAAAAUUAUGUUGAAACGAGCAGAAGACUGAAAGCAAUACGUUUGUUAUGUAGUGAUGGUAGUGUCUCUGGAACCAUUGGAGUUUCUUCCUUGAACAGUCUUACGAAACAAGAACAAAAAUGUCCUAGUCCAGGUAUUCGAUCCAUAGGUGGAAAAAGCCAUACCAUGUACUCCACGAAUAUUCCAGUACGAGCUGUAUGGGAUAUACAAACAUUCUGUUCCAAUGGAAACUAUUCAUCAUUGACAAGUCAUGAACAAGAAUUUGAUACAAUGCAAUAUACUAUUUGUCCUUUUGGUACCGUUGCUAAUGGCAUCAAGGCGGAGAUUUAUCAAUCCUAUGAUAUUAUUGCUACCAUUACUUUGGAAUGUGAGACGUUGAAUGCAACUUCUUCGAAAAAGAAUAAUCCAACCCCAACUCCUGUGCCAUCUACGCCUACAGCAACUCCCGUACCAUCUACUCCAACGCCAACUCCAACAGCUACAUGUGUUUCUAUCUUAAAAGAGACAAGUUCUUCCAAAGGACAAUGGACAAUUGGCACUGCUGGUACAUACGGUGUGGAAACAUUUGGAUUAGGAGGAGCAUCGAAGACCUAUGCACAAGUCUUUUGUGAAGAAAAUGCUACAGUUUCUGGAGUAGAAAGCUAUAUUCGAUCUGGACAUUUGGUUGCUUUUCGUUUAUUAUGUAGCGAUGGUAGUCAAACAUCCUUGCUGGGAUCACAAAAUACUAGUGGAACUACCCAUUCUCGUUUCUAUUGUGACUCUUAUGGAGUUUGGGGAUUGGGAGGAAAAUCCAAUCAAAUAUGGCCUGGAUUGUUGGCAGAAAAUGAACUAUGGGACAUUAGAGUACUUUGUCAAUCCGGAAACUAUUCUUCAUUGACGAGUCAUACCAAUGAAUAUGAUGGUCCAGAAAGUUACGCUCUUUGUGCUACCAAUCAAGUUCUCCAAGGUGUACAUGUGUCUCAAUAUAGUGAUGAUAACUAUCUAGGCAGUGUACGUGGAUACUGCGUUGCAGUCAAUACUUCUUUGGCAACUAUAAAGAAUUCUGGUCUCACCAUGUUGAAGAGAACUCCGGUUUCCACUAGAACGAUUAGAGCUCAUUCACGAGAUGUUGUGGAUCAUUAUAUUCAGGCAUCGAUAUCUCGUCAAAGAGGAGGAAUUUAAGACCCGAAUAUUGUUGUGGUAUUUUUCGAUUAUGGUUACUUGCAACAUUUUGGUUUGCAAGUCGGCUUUUUCGUUGAUGUUUUCGUAUUUUUGCAUCAAAAAAAUGAUAGGAAAUAUAGUUAUCUUGCUUGUAGAAUGAUUUGUUGCAUGUAUAAAAUUGCGUUGGAGUGA